AUGAUUCCACGGAUACUCGCACGCCCACCGAGGGCGCCGCGGGUGCACGCCGUGUCCAACCCGACUACGACUUUGCUCAGGCGACACUACGCAAAGCCGAAGGAUAAGCAGUCCAUUGUCGACGAGCCGCCACACACCGAGCCGAUCCUCGACCCCAGCUUUGCCGCACUCAUGAACGACGUCAACAUGUCUCUCAAGCGCGCGAAGCAGGGGGAGAAGUCCUACGUCGCCGAGAAGGAUAUCACGCCCGUUCCUGCGUCCGAGCAGCCCGCCGAGGUCGAGGAGGGGGAGGAGGAUGCGCAGGCGCCUCGCCGCCCACCACGCCGGUCCCCGGCCGCGAUGUUCGGAACGAAGAACAUCGGCAUGAUUGUUCUUCCCGACUGGCUAAUCGAGGGUGUUCAGAAUGAGGUCGAGCAGGUCGACAACCGCCGCAUCGUUCGCGAGAAGUAUCUCGAAAUGCUCGAGCCGAAGAAGGAAAAGAGCGACAAGACCAACUCGCGCAACACGGAGCAGCACGCUCUUGCGCGUGCUGCUGCAUUUCUGCCUGCGCAGGCCCGAUCCUCGAGACGACAGACGGCAUUGCCCCGGGACUCUGGUAAGCUCCGACGUGCUCUUACGAAGCUGACCCCCAGGGCUGCGACCGAGGAGCUCGGUGUCGACGCUAUCCGCGAGUUCACUUUGAUUCAGCGCACACGAUGGGGUCUCGCUCUCGCUGAGCGCUUGGCGCAGCCGCUCGCGAUCGAUGUGAACCUGGACGAGAUGGACUUUAAGCGUGACAUUUCGUUCGCUGGUUUACCUCAGCCGCCCCAGGUUGCGAUGAGCACGUUCAUGAUGUCGAUGCUCCCGACUGCGCAGUCUCGUCGCGACCACCUCAAGCAGCUGCUCGAGACGGACGCAGAGCAUAUCGUGGUCGUGGACCGCGGCUCGACCGAGGUGUGGGAGGCGAUGGACGCCGCGCGCACCUUCUUGAUGGAGCACAGCACGCCCGAGCACCCUCUGCACAUCACGGCUCCCUGCCCGCACCAGUUCACCUGUCCCCGCGCCGGCACCCGUGAGGCGUGCAGCUUUAUCCAGAAGGUUCAGCGCCCGCCCUUCCUCCGCCGGACGAAGCACGCGAAGCGUGGCGAAGAGAACAUAACGUACUCGUACCUGAUCAUCUCCCGCGGCGAGCGACCAAAGAGCACAGCGACGGCUGGCCGGUUCGGAGUUGUCGCGGCCGAGCUCGAAGCGAAGAAGAAGGCAAAGGCGACCAAGCGUCCCGAACUUGUUCCCGUCGAAGGCGGGGAGAGUGGUGCGUUCGAGGUUGUCAACACGGCCGCGAUGGAGUACGAGGUCCCGCCGGCCGAGUCCCUCGACGACCCCGCGCUCGUGCAAUCCCUGCGCGAACAGGCAUACUCCUGGCCCCGCCUUAUUGCGCAGCCGAUGAAGCGCUCCGGCCACGUCGUCAUGGACAUGUGCGCGCCCUCGGGUAACCUCGAACGUAGGCGCUACGCCAAGUCAACCGGCAAGCAGGAGUACUACGACGCGCGCCGUACGGCCUGGGGCGAUCUCUUCCCGCACGAGUCGAAGGCGAAGAUCGAGGUCCGCGACCGCGGUAUUAUUCACCUGAAGAAGACGCUGAGCGAGGCGGAGUUGAUCGAGCAGGAGCGCGACAUCAAGCGCAAAGAGAAGGCGAAGCGGGAGGCGGCCAAGCUCGCCGCGAACACGGGCAAGGCCCCUCCCCCUCCCCUGCUUGAGCCCGCUGAGCCAACCCAGUCCGUCUACGCCGAGCCACGCACGGUUAAGGGCAAGAACGGCCUCGCAUUCGAGAGUACAGGUGACCCCGAACUCGAUGCGCUGUACAAGCAGCUGGGCAUUGCGCCCGUCGUCGCCGAGCCCGUCAUGGGCUCUCCCGAGGGCAUGACGGAGGAGGAGGAGAUGGAGCAGGAGCUCGAGCGCAUGUUCGGCACUUUCGACCCGCCCCCCGCCGAACCGGAGCCGAUGCCCACCUCGAAGCGUGGGCGGAGACAGGCCGAGGCGGAGCUGACCGACACAGGCCUGGGUGUCCAGAAACGCUUCAUGUCCGCGCGUCCUGCUGAGCUCAAGGGCCGGCCGAAACUCACCGUCGGCGCGCUGCAGAAGCAGUACGCCUCUGGCACGCCCAUCUCCGUCCUGACCGCAUACGACUACCCGACCUCGCGCCUCUGCGCCGACGCAGAGGUAGACAUCAUCCUCGUCGGCGAUAGCCUGGCGCAGGUCGCGCUCGGAUACCAGUCCACGACGGAGCUGACGCUGUCCGAGAUGUGCCACCACAUCCGGGCCGUGCGGCGCGGCAGUGGCUCGUCCUUCAUUCUGGCCGACAUGCCGUUCGGGUCCUUCGAGGCGAGCGUCGAGGAGGGCGUGAAGAGCGCCGUCGAGCUGGUGAAAGCGGGCGCGGACGCGGUCAAGAUCGAGGGCGGGGCUGAGACGCUCCCCCUCGUCCGCAGGCUGACGUCGUUCGGCAUCGCCGUCAUGCCCCACAUUGGCCUGAUGCCGCAGCGCGCCGCAAGCACGGGUUACAGAGUGCAGGGCAAGCAAGCCUCGGCUGCCCUCGACCUGAUCCAGCUCGCGCGCGACUUUGAGGCCGCCGGCGCCUUUGGAUUGCUCCUCGAGGCGAUUCCGCACCAGCUCGGCGCUCUCAUCACUGCCAAAGUUGGCAUUCCCACCAUCGGCAUUGGAGCGGGUAACCAGACGAGCGGGCAGGUACUCGUUCUCACCGAUCUGCUCGGCACGUACGGGUUCGACGCGGACUGCAAGGCGCCCAAGUUUGUGAGGCUGUAUGCGCAGAGCGGGGAGAAGGAGGCGGACGCCGUGAGGCAGUACAUUGCCGAUGUGCGCGAUCGGAGCUUCCCCAAGACUGGGGAGGAGACUUACACCAUGCCGGAGAAGGAGCUGGGCGAGCUCCGCCGCCUGGUCGACGAAAUGGAUUAA